AGCGGGAGCCAGGUCGUGUGGAUGAGAGGUUGAGUGUGAGCACCUGACUUGACUUACCUGACCUGAAGCAGCUGUCAGCAUGGAUCAUCAACACGGCGUACCGUCCACAGCCGACUCGCAGCACAAUGCACCAGGUGGCGGCGGCGGCCAGCAUGACUUUGUGGACUCUAUCCUGGACUCCUUUGGUGGAGGUCAGCAGUCACAUGAGCUGCUGGAGAUGUUGCAUGUGCCGCUGCUGCAUGGAGGGGUGAAAGAGGUGCUACUCUUCGCCAGCUUCGCCACCACCUCCACGGCCUCCUUCACCCUCGCCUGCUUCUUGCUAGCCCUCUGUGCCGGCAUCCUGGAGGGACUGCGACUUCUACUAUGGUGGGCGGAGCGUCGGUACACGAGAGACUGUCAGGCUGCUACACACAAACUUGCCUGUGAAUGUAAACAUUGUACAAGUCUGACCUUAAGUGUGGCGGGUAAUGGAGAACACAAGAACUAUGAUGCCAUCCAUGACAGCAGAGCCUCCAGUGAGUCAUCUUCAGCACCUCUCACACCAGCACUUCCCCACCUCUCACAUCUUGAAAGGCACUUGUGGUGGGUCUCUGUGGGCUUCCUGCACUUCAUCAUAUAUGUCAUAGCCACAUUGCUUAUGCUCAUCGCUAUGACUAUGAACAUCUACCUCAUAGUGUCAAUGGGCGCUGGUGCAGCCAUAGGCAAGAUGAUCACCAUUUGUGUCCGUAGCCGCCACGUAAACAAAUGACAUCAUGAUGGCGGCUCAGCUGGAGACAGGGAAUCAGAGGCAUCAUCUUCACCCACAGUGUUAUUCUUCCCUGGCACAAGUGUUUCACCCUCACAGCUAACACCCUCACAGCUAACACCCUCACAGCUAACACCCUUACAACUGACACCCUCACAUACCUGUGAUAUUCUUGAGACCAGUUUCGAAAUUUCAUCUACUCGUGUAGAGCGGCCUGAGGUCAGGCAUUUCUGUUGAAUGAUUGAUCAACCAGUCUGUUGCUGUCCAUACCCGGCACAUCUUUAUAACCAUCAUAACCAGCUGAUAAAUGCACAUGCAAAUUAGCCAACAGGUAUCAACAAUUUUUGUUUUAAAUUUUCAUGUUUGGACUAUCCAUAUUAUACCCAUACAUAAUUUUCGGCAUUAUAAAAAAAUAUUUUGCAUCUUUAAACGAGUCUAUCUGCAUAAAAAAAACAUAGCUUAUCUAUCUCAUAUAUAUCUAGACAAGAUAUAUUUUUUAUGUGACGGUCAUCAGAAUCACUGUCCUCGAUGAGAGGUUUUGUCUUGUACUGAUCUUAUUAGUAAUUUUUCCAUCCCACUCGACCGCCCCAGCAAAUUCUUGACUUAAUGGAUUUUAAUUUAACGGAUUUCGGAUAUACAGGACAAAAUCAGCUGGGUUACGUGAUUGGAAAACAAUGAAUAUAGUAAGUUAGUUGAAUAAUUGUUACUGCGACGACUUCGGCGAAACACAAUCAUCUCUGUCCACUAUUGUCACCAUUAAUAAGUAAUCCAGGGAUUACGUCUGUCACCACCACCACAUAUCCUCCAUGUGCUGGUACUGUCACCACCUCUCUCCAGAUAAUCACCACCACAUAUCCACCAUGUGGUGGUACUGUCACAACUAUCACAUAUUCAUGGGCUGGUAGUCACCACCACAUACCCAUGUGCUGGUACUGUCAUUAUCAGCACAUGGAGGGCAUGUGCUGGUGCUGUCACCACCGCAACAUAUCCUUCAUGUGCUGGUACUGUCACCACCACAUAUCCUUCAUGUGCUGGUACUGUCACCACCACAUAUCUUUCAUGUUCUAGUACUGUCACCACCACAACAUAUCCUUCAUGUGCUGGUACUGUCACCACCACAACAUAUCCUUCAUGUACUGGUACUGUCACCACCACAACAUAUCCUUCAUGUGCUGGUACUGUCACCACCACAACAUAUCCUUCAUGUGCUGGUACUGUCACCACCACAUAUCCUUCAUGUGCUGGUACUGUCACCACCACAUAUCUUUCAUGUUCUAGUACUGUCACCACCACAACAUAUCCUUCAUGUGCUGGUACUGUCACCACCACAACAUAUCCUUCACGUGCUGGUACUGUCACCACAACAUAUCCUUCAUGUGCUGGUACUGUCACAACAACAUAUCCUUCAUGUGCUAGUACUGUCACCACUACAUAUCCUUCAUGUGCUGGUACUGUCACCACUACAACAUAUCCUUCAUGUGCUAGUACUGUCACUACUACAUAUCCUUCAUGUGCUAGUACUGUCACCACAACAUAUCCUUCAUGUGCUGGUACUGUCACCACCACAACAUAUCCUUCAUGUGCUAGUACUGUCACUACUACAUAUCCUUCAUGUGCUGGUACUGUCACCACUACAACAUAUCCUUCAUGUGCUAGUACUGUCACUACUACAUAUCCUUCAUGUGCUGGUACUGUCACCACUACAACAUAUCCUUCAUGUGCUAGUACUGUCACCACUACAUAUCCUUCAUGUGCUGGUACUGUCCCCCACUACAACAUAUCCUUCAUGUGCUAGUACUGUCACCACUACAUAUCCUUCAUGUGCUGGUACUGUCACCACUACAACAUAUCCUUCAUGUGCUAGUACUGUCACCACAACAUAUCCUUCAUGUGCUGGUACUGUCACCACCACAACAUAUCCUUCAUGUGCUAGUACUGUCACCACUACAUAUCCUUCAUGUGCUGGUACUGUCACCACUACAACAUAUCCUUCAUGUGCUAGUACUGUCACCACUACAUAUCCUUCAUGUGCUGGUACUGUCACCACUACAUAUCCUUGAUGUGCUAGUACUGUCACCACUACAUAUCCUUCAUGUGCUGGUACUGUCACCACUACAACAUAUCCUUCAUGUGCUAGUACUGUCACCACAACAUAUCCUUCAUGUGCUGGUACUGUCACCACCACAUAUCCUUCAUGUGCUGAUACUG